AACUAUCGUCAACUGUCAAUGUCAAAAACAUACGGUCAAUAUCAAGUGACGUUUUCUGUUUUACUGUUUUUGAACCGAUCAAUCAAUUUACUUUGCAAAUUUAUUUGCAAUCUCUUUUAGAGAUUUUAGAGAGUGAAAAAGUGUAAUGUAUUAAGAGAUAAAGGUAAACAAGAACAACAAGUUCUAUAAUGGAUGAAAAGAAAUCUAUCCUUCACGAACUGUACGUGUUUUCUGAAUGGAAACCAGAGCCUGAAUACAUACAAAAGCCUGAUAGUAUAUUACCUGAGAAUAUAUCAGCUCUUUGGCGAUGGGUGAACUUCCUGGGACCGAAAAAAAAUCUUCUUGAUGCUGUAACGGCACAUUUAGAAAAACAACAAAAGUGGCAUAUUGCAUUGGGAGAUGAGGGCAAAGUAAUUGCAGUUUUGACGGACAAUAUUUUGGAGAUCAGAACCAAGCGAUCUGAGUAUGCAACAAUUGCAGCUAGGACAACAGUGAGCCGAGAUGCUUACCCGCAAUGGCGAAAGUUAGUGUGGAGUCCCGACUGCUCUCUAGUGGUUCUGGCUUAUGGAAAUGGUGUAGUCAGCUUCUUUGAUCUGACUGCAUCCAACCUUUUUAACAUUCCUACUGAUUGCUCAAGACCAGGUGGCUUAGAAUGCACAGAUAAUACACAUGCUGUGGCUGACAUUAUAUUUAUGCCCCUGAGAGUGAAAGAUACAAAAUGGAACUGGGAGGUGUUGGUGGUGACGUACGACGGUCGGCUGCGCGGGUUCCUGGUGUCGCAGACGGACGCGUGCAAGCUGCACCACUCGUUCCGGUUCCCGGCCGGCGUCGCCGCGCUGCGCUACUGCGAGUCUCACUCCACCAUGUACGUCGCCGGGGUGCCUCGGGGACCUGCCAAGGCUUUCAUAGUCCGAAUGGAGCUGUCUCCGGACGGCACGAGGCUCGUGUGCCUGCACUGCAAUGGCGACGUGUCAGUAUGGCGCCUGCCUCUACUGAAGCUGGAGUGCCGCUGGGCGCUCGCCACUCAGCCCCACCACGACCUCAGGAACCCUCUCGCUGGAGACGAGAAGCCUGGGAACAAAAAGGACCUCACUGCAUUCUAUCCGGCUGACAUCAACUGGUGGAGUAAUGAGGAAAUAAUAGUAUCGCGAUUUAGCGGGGCAGUCACCAUUUGCGAUAUAGAGACUAUGGCUAAUAUUCUGGGGAAGAAGCCUGAAUUUUUCCAGGGAGCCCCACAGAUCACGCGCGCGCACGGCGGCACGGCGAUGGUGCUGGAGUGCGAGGGCCACGUGCUGCCCGCGCGGACGGCGCGCAGCGACCCCGCGAUGGAAGUAGUGAAGAUAGAAACCGAUUCUGAAGACACGAUGUUGGAGCUAGCGAAGGAGCUGAUCAAGUCCGUGCUGUACGCCAUCACGGACAUCGAGACGUUCCAACCGAAGCCGCGGCGCAUCACGGUGGUGUCGCGCGUGUACCGACUGCUCGGACUCAAGAGCACGACGCCCACGGAGCUGUUCUCGCGGAAGAUAGAGAGCGGCGCGUACGGCGAGGCGCUGGCGCUGGCGGACAGGUUCCAGCUGGACAGUGACCUCGUGUACCAGCAACAGUGGCGCAAGAACCCAGUCUCCAGCGACGCCAUACACAACUACCUGAGCAAAGUAUCGAAGAAGAUCUGGGCGGUGCACCAGUGCGUGGACCGGCUGCCGGAGAGCCUGCCCGCCGCCAAGGAGCUGCUGCAGUUCGGGCUGCAGCUCACCAACGACACCAUCCUGGCAGAGAUCAACGCGGGGCGCGCGGGGCGCGCGGCGGCGCUGGGCGCGGCCGACGUGCUGCCGCGCCACCUCAACGCGUACACCGCCGAGCUGCUGCGCUGCCGCCACGUCAUGCUCUUCUACCAGGAGAGGCUCCAGCUCUACGAGAAACAAUUGAAUAUCAGGUCAAUUUGGAGCUCGAACUGGUCGGAAGAUUCGAGCCCCGACAGUGAGACCGCGGUGGCGAGCGCGGGCGACGUGGCGGCGUGGUACGAGCGGCGCGCGCGCGCCAUCGAGCGGCGCAGCGGGCUGGUGUCGCACGCGCUGGCGCUGCUGCGGCCGGCCGCCGCCGCCGGCCUGCCGGGCCUCGAGCGCGUGCUGUUCCAUCUCACCACGCUCGACGUGCUCGUCUACGACGUCAACGUCGAGGGCGUCUCGCUCGACCAGCUCCAGAACAUGUCCACGCUGGAAGUGUGCUCCGUCCUCAUGAAGAUGUCCACCCCGCAGACGUUCGUGUCGGACUUGAAGCAGUUCGUGGUGCCGUACCUGAAGCGGUGCGAGAGUCUGUCCAAGUGUAACGACUCCUGCGUCACCGGACUCAUCGCCUACCUCGAGAGCAUCAGCGUGGAGGACCUCUCCCCCAUACUACUCGUGCUGCAGUCCCCCGCAGAGUUCGAGCUGGACGUACGCACGCACCUGGAGCUGGUGGAGCGUUGUCUGUUCGCGCACACUGGCACCGACCAACUCGACAAGGCGUGCGACCUACUGCACACGCUGCUCAAGGAGAGCGACGGCAGCAUCAGUAGCAGCUCGCUGGUGCGGCGCGUGCGCUGCGUGGAGCGGCUGGUGGCGGGCAGCGAGCGGCUGUCCGUCCGCGGGGUGCUGGUGCCGCCGCGGGAGCUGGUGCGCCUGCGCGACGAGCCGCAGCGCGCCGCGCAGCUCCUCACCAAGUUGGCGCGAUCGCUCGCACUCAGGGAAGAAAAACCAACACCGCAAGACUGGGAUAAGCUACUCAAAGACCUACUCGAGCUGCAGAGCACUUUGUUCUGCCGUGUCGCUAAGGAUAAAUGCUACGAGAUCUACGCGCUGGCGCUGCUGACGUCGGGCGACGCGGGCAGUAUAAAGCUGGCGCGCUCCGUGCUGACGUGCUCCCCCCUGGAGCGCGCGGCGCAGGUGCCGCACCCUGCCAGCGUGGCGCUGGUGUCCGCCGCCGCCACCGAGUACUUCAACUCCGCCAACAGCCUCGUCGACCCGGCCUUGGAGUUGGCCAAGGAGGGGCAGGUGCUGCAGCUGGCGGCUGCGCGCGCCAUGGCGGGCGGGGGCGCGGGGGGCGCGGCGGCGGUGGAGCUGGCGCGGCGGCUGGCGGCGCUGCGGUUCGCGCCGGCGGCGGGGCUGCUGAGCGCGGUGGGGCGCGCGGCGCAGGCGCACGCGGACGCGGCCACGCGGCGCCAGCUGCUGGCGGCGGCGCUGGCGCACUGCCCGGCGGCGGACAUCGAGGCCAACCUCCGCGACAGAAUGGCUCUGGAACUAGAAAGCCUGCAACAAAUGGGUGUGACCCUCAGAGAACACAGUAGUCUCAGCGAGCGGUGGCCUUCCACUGAUGACGAAUUUGCUGACGCCGUCACAACGCCUAUGGUGGAGAAAAAGGACCUGGUUCCCGCUCAAUCAGACGUGAAGAUUCCAUUGUUUAACUACUUACUGGACACUUUUCAGAAUAAGUUCGCUAUCAGCGACAACAAGCCGGCCGCGUCGAGCGGGGCGGAGCCGUCGGCGGCGCAGUGCCAGGAGUUCUACCAGUCGCUGUACCCGGAGCUGGGCGUGUCGCCCUGCUACUACAGAUACGAUCGCUUCUCCCUGCCCGACGCCACCGAUGGCCCCCUGGCAGUCGGACAGAACGUGCUCAAGUGGUUCUACAUUCAGAACUGCUUGGAGGAAGAGCUGGACUACAAGCUGCUGGUGUCGGGCGAGGCGGCGCUGGCGGAGCACGUGGUGGGCGUGCUGCGGCCCGACAACGUGGCGCUGCUCAGCAAGCUGCUGCGCACGCUGCCGCCCGCGCUGGCAGCGCCGCUGUCGCUGCCCGCCAUCUACGCCAAGUGGCUCACCAGGCACUUCUUCAGCGUGCCGAGUAACGCGCCGAGCAAGAAGUGGAUGCAGCAGUACCGGCAGUGCGCGAGCUACUUCAACAAGCUCGCCAAGCACGAGCUCGUGCAGUUCGUGGAGGACACCUGCUUCAGCGACGAGGCCAUCCAGCGGGGUCCCGCUUGCAGCGAGCAGUCGUGGGCCGCGGGGCAGGAGCAGUCGUGGGCGGGCGUCGGGCAGGAGCUGGCGCGCUGGGCACGCUUCCUCGACAUCCUGCACUCCGACACCGUGCAGCACUUGCUGCGCUCCGCGGCGCUGCCCGCGCUCCACGUCUGGCCAGAAGUGGAAAAGAGCCACGGCGACCCGGAGCGGCUGGUAGACUGCCUGGCGCGCGGGCUGCUGCAGGCCGAGCUCCGCGCGGGCGUGCUGGCGCGCCUGCUGCAGGUCCUGCACGUGCCGGCGCGGCCCGACCAGCUCCUGCAGCACGCCGCGCGCCACUGCCGCUCCGCCAGUGAUUCGAGGAGCCUGCAUUGUGAAUACGUGCACCAUCUCCUCGCCGACAAAUCAGAUCAAACGGAGAACUUAAUGCUCAUCAAGUUACUAUUGCAGCGUCCUGUACUUGCUGAAGAGGAGGUGAAUUGGCUCGCUGACAAUGUGGCCCCUGAAUCUGUAAUCAAUGCUAUUUGGGUUCUACUCCUCAGCAAAUCAGAACAUUUCAAGGAUAACAUCUUGAACUUAGCUCUUCAGCAUAAGAUUUUUCUCCAAAACCAUGAAGUAGACGAAGACUUGUUAAAAGAACUCUUAGAUAAUGGCAUGUUCAUAAAACUGGUAUCGUGUCCGCUGUACUCGUCGUUCAUAAAUUACAUAAUGUCGAAGCAGGCGGCGGGCGGCGAGGCCGCGGCGUACAGCGCGCAGUGGGCGGCGGGCGAGCUGGCCCGGGCCGGCCUGGCGGCCGAGGCCGGCCAGCUGCGCCUGGCCGCCGCCGGCCUGCCCGCCGCGCUGCGGGGCUUCUCGCAGGCCGUGGCGGCCGGGAUGGCGGAAUCCGCCCGAGCCUUUGCUUAUUGCAAAGAUGUCUUAGAUGAUUAA